AUUUUUGAAAGCCACACCACAGCCCGUUGUUGGCGUUACAAAACUCGCGAUUGCCCAGCGCAAGAAGUGCCCGCUCUUACUUUGAAGUCGAUCAAGGACUCUGGCAUGCCCCUCGUCGGGCACCCACCGGCCGGAUGGACGAACUUGGCAUAAUUUUGCUUACGCUAUUCAUGGUCCUUCUCGUCUGCGGGCCGCUGUACAGACCAGUCCGCCUCACGUAUCUGCGCAUACAAGACCGUCGCAAAUACCAUCCCAGGACAUCAAAGUUCCAAGAUGCCCGACGAAAAUUGAGCACAGUUUCUGAGUGCAAUAGCACUACACUCGAGGGCUUGGAUCUUGAGUCGAAGCUGAACCAGCAUGACUCGGAGCCGGAAUGUCCCAUCUGUAUCGGUCCACUGUUCGUCGCAAGCAACUACAAUACGGCCGGAGCAGAACCGACACAAGCAAUCACCCUGAAGGCCCCCAAUUCCGAUUGGGACACCCGUGUUCGAGAAGGAAGUGGAGAAGAGCCAAGCCGGUCCACGAUCGGAGGCACGAACGAGGGUCGUGAUGUGAACGCCAUAUUGCGAAGCUGGAGCAUGCCGUGGCCGUGGAAGAGGAAAUUGUCCGCUUCGGCAAGUGAACCGUCUGAAGAUGAUAUUCUGAUGCUGAAAAGCUGCCAACAUGCUUUCCACGCCAAGUGUCUCUCGUCGUGGUUUUUGAUUGAGCGGUUUGACUGUCCCGUCUGCCGAAGUCAAUAUUGGCAGACGCGGGAGACCCGCGCCAGGGCGGCGACCGCACCGGCGGCGCCGGUGCCGGAGAGCGGGUCUGUUGAUGACGGAUCCGGUAUCACACCACCAGUCCCGGCUCGGCUUGCGGCCGGGCGGAUGGCAGUGCGUGUGAUGUGACGCCGGGUCGUGCUGGCUUGGAAGAUAGUCCGCCUCCUUUCUUUAUGUGGCCCUCCAGAUACCCCAGCGCAAUGGAGCAGGAGUCGAAUCUUGCACUAUGGUAUAGUUUAGUUUUCACAGUAUGGUCUUGCAA